AUGCUCGCGCUCAACGCUCCGCCCGGACAGGCUCCCGUCAUCCAACCCUUUGUCCACUACCGCUGUCUCUGUUCAAGUCCAGGCCCAUCUGCAACCGCAUCCAGAACACCCUCCACCACUCGAACAGCAACACCUACCAGAACAACUCACAGGGACGACAAGGACAUGGACAUCGACCCCACAACAACACCCACUACGACCACCGACCCUACUACUUCUAGUCCAUCAGCAGACCUGGUCCCUGCAACCGCCGCCCUGACCCUUCACCAGCAGCACCACUCUCACCACCAACACGAGCAAGACUCGGCAGGAGAACGGUCGAAAACACCCGCCGAGGUGUACGACUCGGGCAACAACUCGGACCCGCAUGGGUCACAUUCCUUGUCGCGUCUCUACUUUUGCGACUCGUGCGAUGAAAUUCGUUGUCCAAAGUGCGCGCAGGACGAGAUUGUUUGCUUCUACUGCCCCAACUGUCUCUUUGAUGUGCCUACAGCCAGUGUCAAGUCUGAGAAACACAAGUGUUCGAGGAACUGCUUCGAAUGUCCUAUAUGCCAGAGCACCCUGUCAGUCGUGUCAGAGGAUCCUGAUGCAGGAAUGAUUACAGCUGUCGCUGCGACAGGGCAAUACCACCUCGCCUGCAACGUGUGCCAAUGGAACUCGCAGGAGAUCGGAAUGAACUUCGAAAAGCCCACAGGACUCGCAGGUAACCCCCUCAUGGACACAUGGACUACAGACUGCAAGACGGAGGAUUCAUUACCGGAUGUCAAGGAGUUCGAUCGACUCAAGGAUCACCUGGAAAAGUACUUUAGAGUUCAUAGCCUGAAGCCAGGUCUUCCCUCGUCCCUUUUGACAUCGAUCCAAUCAGGAACUCUUCAGUCACUCCGCUAUGUCUCCACCUCAAGCCACAAAGCCCAGCAGAGCGAUGACAUUGCACAUUACACGCCCGCUGUUCAAGUCAUGGAGGAUACCGAGAACCUGGAGAAACUCAUGUCCAUCACGAGUUUGAGUGAGACAACCACCAUGAAGCAACGGCUCCGACAACUGCAGAACCAAACAUACUCAACACAGCGACUCCAGCCACAAAGGAUACAGCUGCGGAUUAAAAGGUCGAGACGAUGCAGGUCUUGUCGCCAUAUCCUGGUCAAGCCCGAACAGAAGUCCCAGUCCACAGGCUUCAAGAUCAACCUCAUUGCCUUGAGCCAGCUUCCUAAUAUUACAAUUGCAGGACUUCAGCCCAUGAUCGUUCAAACAGUGUCACGCGUCAUUCUCAGAUUCACCAACCCACGACACGAAGAGGCACACGUCUCUCUUCGAUACGGUGAUGGAGCCAUCCCUAACCACGGAGUCGUCAUUCACUCGCCUUCCUUCACUAUAUCACCCUUCAACGUGGUCUGGGAGUACGAGGUCGGCACUAUGGUUACAGCGCCUGGAGCAGUACAGGAGGAUGUCUAUGAACGCACUGCCAACUCGACGAGCAUCGCUUUGGAUAUCACCCCAGCCGCUGCUGGUGAAGUCAAGAUCCCGCUAUUGGUGACAUUCACAUUCAAGUCGCACAAGCUUCAGUCGGACACUGAACCGUCAGCAUUACCGACACAGCUGGUUGUCAGUGGGUCAAAGGACCACCCACCUCCCGAGGUUGAACUCAUUGACAAGACAGUCGCCUUUUGGACCGUCAUUGGCUUUGGCGAGGCCCUCCCAACAUUUUCAUAG